CAGAUGUAUCGAGAAAAUGUCAACAACAUGCCGGAGACUUCCAGAGAAACAGAAACUGAAGCAGGAGAGAGGGAGAGACAACAAAGAGAGCAAGGAAACCAGUCGUCUCAGAACGUCGUGUCUGUAAUAUCACAGUUUGCAGAUGACAAUUUAACACUUGUGCGGAACAUCAGCACUGGCCUGGCGAUCGCUGGUGUUGUCCUAAUAGCAAGGAGUAUCAAACUGAUCACCAAAUUUCAAACUGCGUCUGAGAUCCCCGCUCGCUUCAUUGAGAGGAACGUCAGCCUUCGUGGGAAAGUUCUUGGGAUCACAGAGAAAGGACUUGAAGUGGAGCACGUACCGAUUUAUCUGCCAGUCCUCUCGCCAUUACUGUCAAAGCACAAGGAUGUGUCCACUUCUCCAUUGCUGGUGCAUCUUGCAGGAGUGGAGCUUACACCAGAGGGGAGGGUAUGGCUGCAGAAGAACCUGGCUCCUGCCCAAACAGUGUGGCUGAAGCUGGUCACACGUGAUGAUGACAUACUACACUGUUUGGUGUCUCAAAGCAGGCAGGGGUUGCUGUGGAGCUACUAUAUGAACGAAGAGGUCCUCAUGCUCGGUCUGGCUCGCACUGCGCCCGUCGCGGUCCUGCCGGACUCUCGCUUCUACUGGCGUCUCCACAAACGGCUGCACAGGGCAGAGGUCAAAGCUGAGAGGAAGGGGAGGGGUCUGUGGAAGGAGGACAGCCUAUGGGAAAGAGCCUCCAAGGCCAUCAGAGACAGUGCUUUAUGCAGACUUAUGAGGAGGAUCUUUAAAAGGACGUGACUGAUUGAUUCAAGGCAGAAUACAGAAAAAGUUUGUUGUCAAUCAAAAAAUGACAUCAGUCCUCAUAAUUUAUGGAAGUAUAUUUAUUUUAUUGAAUGGAGUCCCUGUACUGUACACAUGUCUGGUGUAAAACAGGAAGUUAGAAAGCUUUUUGUAGGCUGAAAAACUGUCCCAUCCUUCACUCAACUGUCUGCUGGGACUGAUAGGCUUUUCAGGCAAUGAAAACAUUUUAAUUUGCCUAAUGUUACUUUACAUUCCUUAGGACACCUGUAUCAUUUGACUGUGUUUUCCAGUCUUUCGAAGUUUUAUAAAAAAUGUGUUAUUUGAAACCCUGUCUCAAACCCUGAUAAUAAUCCCUCAGCUUUCAAUUACCCCAUUAACCCACAACUAAGCACAGCCUCCUCUGUUGGUGUGUGUAUAUGUGUGUGAGUGUGUAUGUGUGUAUGUGAGACACCCUACUAAACACAAGAUGGGGCGGGGUAUGUUAAUGGAGUUCAAAAUGGAGAGGGAGGUCCACUUGUCCACUCUCUGAAAUCACUGUUGCUAUAGAAACACCAAAGCGAUCCAAAGGGGUAAACUCUAUACUGGCCUCCCCAAACCCCAUGGGAGCCAUGUAGUGUGUGUGUAUGUGUGUGCGUGUGUGUGUGUA